UUAUGUUCCGUAGUUCAUUUCUCCCAACAAACCUCGAUGUUUGAAAAACAUAGAAGUAAUUCCCUUUCCGACUUUCGGAGGUUAGCUUCAUAUAACCUAUAUAAUUUCUUUCCUUUCAGGUAAAAAAUGGGUCGAUACGCUAGAGAACCCGACACUGCCACUAAAACAUGCAAAGCCCGUGGAUCCAACCUUAGGGUUCACUUCAAGAACACCUGUGAAACAGCUAAUGCUAUAAGGAAAAUGCCUUUGCAACGAGCUGUUGCCUACCUUAAAAAUGUUAUAGAUCAUAAAGAAUGUGUACCAUUCAGAAAGUUCAAUGGUGGAGUAGGACGUUGUGCUCAAGCUAAGCAGUUCGGCACAACACAGGGACGUUGGCCAAAGAAGUCUGCUGAAUUUUUACUUCAAUUAUUGAGAAAUGCUGAAAGUAAUGCUGAUUAUAGUGGACUUGAUGUACAAAGUCUAGUAGUAGAUCAUAUUCAGGUUAAUCGUGCACCAUGCUUGAGAAGACGCACAUACCGUGCUCAUGGUAGAAUAAACCCCUUCAUGUCUUCCCCCUGCCACAUAGAGCUUUGGUUAACAGAGAAUUCAAGCGAACCAGAAUCACCUUUGAAACCUGCCAAAAAAGGCAAAGCUGAAAAGAAAGUUGCUACAAGUUGAGUCUUUUGAAAUAAAAACUGACAAUAAAUUUUA